AUGCCCACUCUUUCGUUGAUCAAUUUCAACAUCGUUUGCGCCACCUUAGGCGGCUUUAUCUCGGUGUUCGGACUCGUGUCUUACUUAUUCAAAGAGCGAUUCUAUCUGUCCGAAGCAUUAAUAUCUCUCUUAGCGGGGGUCAUCUUCUCCCCGCAUGCUGCCAAUUUCAUACGACCUCACGAAUAUGCGCAAGGCUCCGAACAAAACCUCGAGGAGAUCACUCUGUAUUUCACGCGACUCGUGCUUGGGGUGCAAUUGGUUCUUGCCGGAGUUCAGCUCCCUAAACGCUAUCUUCAAAUAGAAUGGCGGAGUCUGUCGCUCCUCCUGGGGCCUGGAAUGGCCGCCAUGUGGAUAUGCAGUAGCUUGGUGAUUUGGGCGCUGAUCCCGGACUUCGAGUUCCUCCAUGCUCUUAUAGUUGGGGCCUGCGUGACUCCCACGGAUCCGGUCCUUUCGAACUCGAUUGUGAAGGGGAAGUUUGCCGACAGGAAUGUUCCCCGUGCCUUACAGCGGAUCAUUGUCGCCGAGUCUGGUGCCAACGAUGGCCUUGGAUAUCCUUUUCUUUUCUUUGGCCUAUAUCUUCUCAAAUACGUGGGUAUGGGUGGCGAGGGGUACAGUGGAGGUGCCGGGAAAGCCAUGGGUCUGUGGUUUUACGAGACUUGGGCAUACACCGUCAUCUUGAGCGUUGUCUACGGAAUCACUGUAGGUUGGAUUUCCCGCGAAUUGCUUCAUUGGGCGGAGGAGAAGCGGUACGUUGACCGUGAGAGCUUCCUUGUCUUUGCCAUCGCCCUUUCGCUGUUCAUCUUGGGAACUUGCGGCAUGAUCGGGACCGAUGACUUGCUUGCGUGCUUUGUGGCUGGCAAUGUUUUCACUCAAGAUGAUUGGUUCCGUCUGGAGACGAUGGAUGAUUCGUUGCAACCCACGAUUGAUAUGUUGCUGAACCUGGCAGUCUUCAUGUGGUUUGGCGCCGUCUGUCCGUGGUCCUCGUUUGUCAAUAACGAGAUCAUUCCCAUAUACCGUCUAGUCUUCUUGGGAAUCUCGAUCUUACUCGUCCGCCGGAUACCCAUCAUUUUGGCAAUGCACAAAUACAUCAACCAGAUCGAGAAUCUAUUUCAGGCCGCUUUUGUCGGUUUCUUUGGGCCGAUUGGAGUGGGGGCUGUCUUCUACCUAUCGAUCAGUCGCGAGUUUCUGCAUCAGAUUACCGCCUCUAACGGACAGGUGCGUGAGGACGCCCACCGAGUCUCGGAGGCGGUCGAUGUAGUUGUUUGGUUUCUGGUCAUCUGCAGUAUCGUUGUCCAUGGUCUGUCAAUUCCCUUGGUGAAAGCAGGGUAUCACAUUCCCCGGACCAUUUCCAAUGCAUUAAGUAGUACUACAACUAUCGAGGCCGAGCCUGUCUCAAUUGCGAUUGUGCAGCAUACCCACAGUACUGCGACUCGCGACCCUGAAGCUGCCAGCAAUCGAGGACGCAAGCGCCCUUCGUCGCAGGCACCGCUGUCAACCGUUCUUCGCGUUGGCCGAUCUAUCAUCAGGCCUCGUUCGACGGACCAGCUACAGCUAGGUACUGGCCAUGCCGAAGAGCCCGAACGACCGGUGAAGCUCGUGGUCACUGGUACAACCCCCCCGGAUGCAGCGAACAGGUAA